AAGGGUGUCAGAGGUUGAAUGGCAUGACACAGAGGCAGGAAUUGGAUUCUCUGCCUCCCAAUGAAAAGAAUGUCUGCAUUUCUGCCUCAUAUUCUCCCAUUGUUCCCUUCCCCGCCAAGUAUAUUUAAUGACUAAUUUUUACACCCAAAGCAAGCAGCAUGAGUGCAAGUCACCUAGGACAAGUAUCACGGAGCUACACUGGUCUUCAAAUGCUGCCUGGGGGUGGGGAAGGAAAGGGCUGGGGAACAGGCAGCAGACCAGGGAAGACCUCUACUGGGGUAUUGGUGGCUAGCAGGCCAAAUUUCCAAUAUUAACGAAUUAUUCUUACUAACUAGAUGCUGAGUUCAGUUGUUUCCACUAGCUGGAGGACUGGAAGGGCUCCCAGAGCCCUCUAAAUGUUAGCAUCCUGUUGCAUAGUCAUUUGAGCUAGUUCUGCCUCUGACCCCCCCAACUCACUCUCCUACCUACAAUUUCUCCAGCACACACACACACACACACACACACACACACACACACACAUGAUUUUUUAAGUCUUUCUGCCUCUAAAUCUGUGCUCAACACACAUUGUUUCCGGAAAAUAUGAAGCCUGAAGGCUUAAACUUGGCUAGAGUCAUAUCACCAAGAAAUUGUAGUCUGUGCAUUGGCGAUACUGGCCCAGUGACUUGGGAGUUAUUAGUGUGCAAUGAAUAUGAUGAGAAAUGUCAGGCCCUGGUGCGCCUACAGAGCGUCCAAGGCCACAUCUUGCUGCCGGAGGGAGAUGGCUCCGUCUAUUGCGGGUGUCCCCGGAACACAGAGCACGGCUACUUCCUGCUUCGUUUCUACCGCCACGGCAAGUGGACCCUGCAGUGCAUGGUCACUGGCCACUACCUGGAGUCUGAUGGCGAGGCCGUAUUCUGCAACUCGAGGGUGCUCUCCGCCUACCACAUGUGGACCCCACGGCCAGCCAUCCACGUCCACGUGGUCCUCUACAGCCCCAUCUCCUGCUGCUAUGUCCGAGCCAACCCCCAGCAGGGUUGUAUCUGGGUGGAUGCUCCCGUGCCCUACUUAGAGGAGUGUGGUUUCCUGCUUCACUUCCAUGAAGGGCUCUACCACCUGGAGUCUUCUUCCCACCACUUUCUGUCCCAAAAUGACAGGUUGGUCAGCAGACCCUCACUGCAAACAGGCUUCCACCUGCAUUUCCGGCCCGGUGGGCAGAUAGCCUUGGGCGAUGGGCAGGGGUGCCUCUUGUACCCACAGGGCUCCCAGUCCCUCCUGUCUCUGGGCUCCAGACCCAUGGGUGGAGAAGAGUGGUUUGUAUUGCAACACUGCCCAACCUGGAUCACCCUGAAAGCUAAGAAUCGGAAAUUCAUCACCAUCGAUUCCGAAAUGGAAGCCUGUGCUAGAUCUGAGGAGAUGGUUCCUCUGUGCUUCUUCCAGUAUGAGAGUGAUCCAAACUCUAAUGCCAUUCAGCUACGUUCAGUUACUGGUCAAUAUUUAGCACAGAGGUCACAUAGGGCUAUAAUAGGAGAUGGGAAAAAACUAGAGGCAGCGGCUAUUUUCUGUGUGCAAUGGAACUGUGACAGGAUCACUCUACAGGCUGCCAGUGGACGCUAUGUGGGUGUUACAUCCAAUGGGUGUUUGAUAGCUACGUCCUUGCAACCAGGUCCUUGUGAAGAAUUUAGGGUCCGUUUAGUCAAUCGACCUUUCCUAGCCUUGAGAGGUCGAUAUGGCUAUGUGGGCACCUCUUCAAACCAUGACCAAAUGCAGUGCAACAUGGACCAACCAGAUUGCAUCCAGCUCCUUCCCUGCCGACAAAGUAUUUACCAUUUCCAAGAGUGGCACCUUCUGGUCCCUGACAGCUUAUGGCACCUUCCGUCCCUGGGGAAAGUUUGCUCUCAACUUCUGUCUAGAACUACGAGGCAGCAACCUGCUUGCUGUGUUGGCCCCCAAUGGCUACUAUAUAAGGGCGGACAGCAGUGGUGUCUUAUUGGCGGACAGCAAGAUUAUCACCAGCGAGUGUCUCUGGGAGUUUUAGGUAGACAAGAUGCCACCAUAAAGAAGACCCUGAAGAUGAGAUUUGUGAGAUUAUCCACAACACAAUCCUUACCCCUACAAGUCACAACUUAUCCUUCUACUCCUCAACCAAAUUUCACACUGAGAAACAAUAUACCAUGGCCAGCCACCAACAUUUCUAUGUGCUGCCUCUGCUUCUUUCAAAGGGAGCAGAAGUGGGAGGGGGCAGGGUGGAGAGCUCAUGGCUGGGAAGCCUUGGGAUGCUUUGAGUCUGACAUUCAAAGGAGCUCAAAAGGUAUGUUUUGCUGUGGAAGUAGAAACACAGAAGAAGAAGAAAAAAAAACAACUGCUUGAUCACACGGUUAGAUGGGGAUAUGAUUGGGGAUGUAGACUCUAAAUGAUCACCCCAGUGCAAAUAUCAAUAAUAUGGAAAUAGGUCUUGAUCAAUAACACUUGUAAAACCCAGUGGAAUUACUCAUUGGCUAUAGCAGGGGUGGGAGUGGGGGGGGGGGAGUAGAGGGAAAGAACAUGAAUCAUGUAACCAUGGAAAAAUAUAUUUUUAAUUGUUUCUAAAAAAAAAAAGGUUUGUUAUGGUGAGGCAUGCUGACCAGCAUCCAAUUGUAUUCCCAACUACUAGGGAAGAUAUGACUACCAGGUCUUUUGAGUUCAGGAGUUCCAAACUUUUAUUUGCUUGCAAAUCUGGUAUCUACACUAUGUUUGGCAUCAAUCAGGAGAGCCCCCAAGAACUGGGGUGGGAGUAGGGGACACAGGGCAGUGUCAAAUCCUAGAAUCAGUAAUGGAAUCAGCCUGAAAAUAGCCUUCCAAUAUGGGUGAUAUAGGGAUAUCCAGUCUUUAAAAUAUAUAUAUAUAUGGAAGCAGAGAAAAGGAAUCCCUUUCUUCCCUUUCCCUAUCUUUCUUAUCUCAUCCCAUCUCUAUUAACUAGCUGGGUCCUAGAACUCUGGUCUUCCAUGUACAAGAUGGAAAGUAUACAAGAUAAUCCAAUGGGGCUGGUAAGAAAAUAAUAGAAAUUGUAUUUAUAUUGAUUUUAAGUAAAAUAAAGGAAUGAAGAUUUACUCAUAUGUAAUACAGAAACUGGCACUGCUGCCCUGAUUUAGUCAAUGUUGUACAGGCUGCCAAAUGGCAUGCAAAAUAUCCUGAGGAAAGAAGAGGAUUUCCAGAGAACAGAGGGGUUUGAAAUAGCACAAUUCCCUCAUUUGUUUUUGAGUGAACUGUGACAUGUUGAAGUUGACUGGUACUCCUUUAAGCUUAUCUUAUCUAGAAACAUGCAAUACCCACCUUUUUUCAGAGGGGUAAUAGUCUCAGAAUGCAGAUUAAGUUGCAUUUUUUUGGACAUUGCCAAUAUGGGAAUUUAUUUUGCUUCACUAUACAUGUUUGAAACAGGGGUUGUAUUUUUCUUCCUUUAUCAAUAUGGGGAAAUAAGAAGGAGAGAAGGCAGAUUUUCAUGAAAAAAGAUUACAUUAUCUUGUUUUAACUAAACCAAGCUUUGCAAAAAUGGGCAAGUGGCUUCAAAAGAUUGCUGCAAAGAAAUCAUGGCUUAAGGAUAAAAAAUGUGCUAAGCAAACACCCCCAAAAUGGCAGAGUUGACACUUCUACUCCUAGCUCUUCAUCAACCAUAUUAUAAGAAGAAAGCAGCCCCCCCAAAAAGAAAUCCUAAGCAGAUCUAACAAGAAUUUGCCUCCCUCCCCAUUAAAAAUUAUAAAGAUUAUUAAAAACCUUUAUUUACAAUCACCCUCAAUGAAAUCAGUGCAUUUCAUGGCUUGAGAUACUAGUUAAUAACAUGGAGCCUUCAUGAAUAGCAAUCCAUUUAAAACUAUAUUUCUGUGCUGAAAACAGUCCAAGUAUCAUCUCUUUUUUUUAAAAAAAUGUAUCCAUAUGACUUAAAACCAUGAAAAAAAUAACUUCCUAACCUAUUUAAAUAUCUUUCAACUGAAAAGUUUUAAUGGGUUUUGAAAGAAUUUUUAAAAAUACAGAUGCACGAUCUUGUUAUUAGUUUGUAAGAACACUAAUUGGUAUCAAGGAAGAUGGAAAUUUAUUAGAUGAGUUUCAAUGAAAACCCUUUUCAUAAUUGAAUGGAAUGAACAAGGUGUAGAGUGAUGUAAGGAGAUCUACUUGCUAAUGCUACAAUUUUUCCAUUUAGAGCAAUGUUUUUUCAUGUAUCUUUUUUUUAGCUAAUCACCCACUAAAACAACUGUUUUACUGAAAUAAACUUAAGGAAAGUAUCACUGGGUUCAAACAAGAUAUUUAGAAAAAGAACAUUUAAGCAUGCUGAAUAUAAAACUAUAGUCUCCUUUGAUCUGCUGGUUCCCAAUUUUAUAUUGCAUUUUAAUGUUGGUAACCCAUUUACCCACUACUUACACACUACUUUGUAAUACUACCUAACUAAAACCUUAAUUGUAAAGGAUGUGUAUUUAAUAGCAAGGUGGACUUUUCCUAGCUUUGUGACCCUAGGCAAGUCACUUACUGCUAUUUGCUUAGCCCUAACUUUCCUAUCUUAGAGUUGUUACUAAGACAGAAAGGGAGUUUUUUUUUUUUAAAGGAUGCUCAUUUAUAUCCCACAGCCAUUGCUUAUCCUCUCUUCAGCUACAAAACAUGAACUUAUGUGAUAUUAAAUAUCUAUCAUGCAGAAAAUAGUAACUUUAAAUACUUGAAUUGUCUGAGUAUUUAACAAAGAUUUGUAGUUUCAGAAAUCAAUAGUAAUAUAUUAUAAGUAGAUGUUGUCACCUCAUUCUCUCAAACUCAGUUUAUUCUAUCAAAUUUAACUUUUAAAAAUCCAGUAUAGUUUUAGUGACAGUAAAAAUUGCUUUGUAUGAUUAAAUGUUUCUAAAAUGUU